UUUCAACAUACAUCGGAGCAACACGAAGUGUAUGUGUGUUCAUUGUGUAACAAGGCAUUCAGUUCUAAAGGACACUUGUCCCUUCAUGCGAGAAUUCAUGUGGGUGCAGGCGAUGUCAUUGGUGAGAAAGUAAUCACCGACGAUCAUACUUCCUAUAAAAGGCCUUAUCAAUGUGAUCUUUGCAACAAAUCUUAUUCAACGGCUAAACAUCGAUGGGGACAUGUAUCUACUACGCACAGAGGACAUCCUGCCGUAACAUGUGGGUAUUGUUCACGCAUUUAUUCAACACGAACAAAUCUUGAAGAACAUAUAAAAUCGCGACAUGCGGGAUUACCGGCACCGUCCGAAUUACCAAACCCCCUCUUCCGCUCGGAAACCAAAUGUUACUGUAAAAUGUGUUCCAAAAAAUUUACGAGUAUAGCAGAUUUAAAUAUUCAUAGUCGAAUAUGUAUCGGACAACGAAUAGAGCUGCAAGUGCAACAGGAUAUUAAGAGUGAAUCACACAAUAGUAAAAGUCUGAUCGAUACUUCGGAUAUAUCCAGUAUGGAUACAGACGAUGAGCACAAGGGAUUUAAAAACGCGGAAGCAAAAUUAGCUAAAAAUCCACAGCUUACGAUACUGAAACAGGCGUUGACAAAGGGGAGUGGUUUAAAAAGAGAUUUGGAUGAUAAAACAAGAGCAAAUUGUAGUCCACAAAAACUAGUGAAAACAGAAGAAUAUUAUCUACCGACAGAUGGCUGUGAAAUGCAGAAGAGGUGGUACUGCGAAAUGUGUCCUCAAAGUUUUACGUCAGUGGAAAAUCUUAAAGAACACGAGAUAACACAUGAUGCUGACAAACCUUAUAUAUGUAUAUUGUGUAAAAAGGACUUUACUUUAAAAUCAUCACUCAGCAGACAUAUCUUGGUAUCGCAUGGUGUAGACCCAUGCCCUUUUAUAGAUAGUGAUAAGUGUUUAAAAAGAGUAGUUCUUACGCAAUCAUGGGGUCAACAGAUACCGAUACCUAUGUCCGAUCAGAAAGACGCAAAGGAACCUUCGGAGUUUGCUCUGUCUCCAGAAACAAAUGUAGAAAAUGAAGAUGAAGACCAAGAGAGGAGUAAUCACGAAAAUAUGGUAGAAAUGGAGACAGUUUUUGUAUGUGAAAUAUGUACAAGAGAUUUUAAUGAUAGAGCAUCAUUGUGGUUGCAUAUACGUGCGACACAUAAAGAAUGUGCUGCUUUUGCUUGCGGAGUCUGUUUAAAAAUAUGUUCUGACAAUACACAACUCCUAAGUCACGUUAACAUGUAUCACGGAGGAUCAAAGUUGCUAGUAUCGGAACAAAGAAGGUAUAGCUGUACAAUAUGUGGUAGACAACACGAUUCACGAAAGAAAUUAAUUGCUCACGUAUCGAUACAUAAUGUAAAUCCUGCUUAUGACCCCGCAAAUUUUGUACAGUUAAACAGUAAUUAUUAUAACGAAACAUUAAAUGGUAACGAAGUAAGUGAAAAUAUUUUGGAGUUUGGAGAUGGAGACGAGGGAGAAAAAAUAGACUGCUAUAUUUGUUAUAAAUCAUUUCCAAACGAGGAUCAUCUUAUAAGACACCAGAGAAACGCUCAUAAGUUCGAACAAAUGGCACCGAUAGUAGAUGCCAUUGGUAAUGGAAAUCCAGGGAAUAUGAAUGGUACUGGUAACAGAGCGCAGUAUCAUUUAUUUUUUGUCUGUGAGCUUUGUGGUAGUUCACAUCCCAGUAAAUGGGAACGUUGGUUACAUGUCAGUAGCACGCAUAGUAACGAACCAAGUAUAAAGUGCGAACGGGACGACUGCGGGAAAAUAUUUGCCACGAAGGCGUUGCGUAAUGAACACGUACACCACCAUCAUUCGGUACAAGGUCCUUCGCCAAAUACUUGUGAAGUUUGUGGUAAAUUAUGGGGUAGCCGAGUCGAUUAUUGGAAGCAUGUGAUGGGAGUACAUUCCGAUACAGUGCCACUUAUAUGUGGCGUUUGUCUCAAAGUAUUUCCGAAUGUAUUGCAACUUAAAACACAUGUGCAAACUAAACAUUGGCCAUUGACCAAUGGCGAUUUUAGUUGCGACAUAUGUGGUAGACCUUAUUCGAAUAAGUCUAAAAUGUCAAGACAUAGAAAAAUUCAUGGAUUGGAAAUCGAUGGAUAUGAUAAUAACAGUAUUAACGAUGCCUUGAACGAAUCGUCCAAGUACGAGCACAGUGUACCGCCAGAAAUGGAUUUAACAUGUGAAUUGUGUGCCGAUAUGAAAUUUCCAAAUCUGGAAAGUUUAUGCAGUCAUAGACGUAUUGUGCACCGUCUAUUUCCGUGUGAUCUUUGUAACAAGUGUUACGGCAGAACGUCUCAUUUAUGGAAACAUGUAAAUCGGGUACACAAAGGUCACGUAGACAUAACGUGUCCUUACUGUUUGAAAACGAGUGCGUCUAAAGACCAUUUAGCGGCACACAUAGCCAAAAUUCAUAGGUACGAGUUAGAAGUUAGAAAGGAUAAUAAAAAUUCAGUAAAUUUCAAAUCUUCGAACGUAGAAGACGGAGUUUUGCAUUAUUGUGAAAAAUGCAAUAAAGGAUUUCAUAAACGGUACUUACUUAGACGUCACAUGAAAGGUUGUCAGAAUUAUAGAAAAGAUCCAGGCGCGUUGUUGACCCGUUGUCGUGCCUGUGAAAGAAUAUUUAAAGAUCGCGCGAGUUUACAAAAGCACAUAGAAAAUCAUCAUAGUACGUACACUUGCCAUUUAUGUAACGAAACUAUUACCUCUAAAUUGGGUAUUAUGACACAUAAUCGGGUUAAGCAUAUGGAUCAUCCAGAUCUUACGUGUGACUAUAUUAGUUGUAAAAAAUUAUUCAGAACGAAGGAAGAUUUGGAGGCUCAUAGGAAGGAUCAUAAAUAUCACAUAAGUCCGAACGUUUGUGACUUCUGCGGUGAUACCGUCGAGAAUAAAUUGAAAUUAAAAAUGCACGUGCUAUCUUUGCACCGAAACGAAAUUGGGGUGUCUUGCGGAGUUUGCUUGAUACCUAUGAAAGAUCCAAAGGAUUUGAAGAAACACGUCGAGGACGUGCACGAAAGUGUUUUAUCCAAACCGAACACGUGUCAGGUAUGUGGGAAACAGUACGCGUCUAAAUGGAAAGCGUUCGAUCACACGAAGAAAUGUCAUGGGAAGGUGUUUAGAACGUGCAAGCAAUGUUUGGCUGUUUUUACGAACGAUUCGGAUAUCAGAGAUCAUUAUGAGCACGUUCAUAACAUUUCUAAAGAUCAAUUAGCUGCGUUCGAGUAUCGCAUGGACAUCGGAUCUAAGGUAGACGAGUACGACGGAGUACCAGCGGAUAUAGUCGUCAAGGAAGAACCGGACGACUUGGAUUUCGACGAGGACUUGUGCGAGGACGAUUUGAACAAUUCCAAACGUAGGAGAUCGUUAACCGACACCUACGAUUGCGAGAUGUGUCCGGAGAUUUUCUUGAAUUGUCACACAUUGGCGAAACAUUAUCAAAACGUUCACAAUACCGAUCCAAUUCGUAUGUUCAAAAAGAUAAAGCCGGACAACAACGACAAUAGCAAAAGGAAGAUGAGAAAUCGAAAGAAUUUCGAGUGCAAAAAUUGUCAAAAACAAUUCUGCACGAAAACGUUGUUUUGGAAUCACAUCAACGUAUGCACGAGGCGUAACGCGUUCAACAGAUUGGACAUGCAAAGUAUUAUGCCAACUUCGAUUUUGGAGACGCAUUUGAAGAAUAAUAAUCAAAUAAAGAAAGAAGAAACUUCCUCGUUUAUGAACGAAUCGAAUUUAAACAUUCCAGAUUUUAAUUUAUUUGAAGAUAUCAAUCUACAGUUAUCAGGGCAGAAGCCAGUACCGAAUCUUAUGCCAUUGUCGCACAUGAAACCUCCUACUGCGGUGAAAUGCUCUAGGAAAGAUUCUCGAAAGGUAUACGACGAAUCAACGAAUACCGAAUGCACGUGCGAAGUUUGUGGUAAACAAUGGCCAGCGAAAAAGCAUCUGUGGCAGCAUCUCAUUCGUUUUCACAGAGCGGAGGCAGCGGUUACUUGUGGGGUUUGUUUGAAAUUAUGUAAAUCUUAUCAGGAUCUGUCCGACCAUUUGAAGGCCACACAUGCCGCGAUAUUAUCCUGCGAGGGAAAUAAUUUCACGUGUAAAACGUGCGGACGUUAUCACAACGCAAGAAGCAAAUUAUUGUUACAUAUGAGCAUUCACAUUAAUUACGUUGGAAACUUUUGGUGUCAGAAGUGUCAGUUAAAUUUCGAAAGCGAGAGUAAAUUUUCUGAACAUAUAUUGGAAUGCAACAAGAAGAUAGAGUCCGGUCGUAGUAACAUAGAAGAUAAUAUAAAGAAUGAAAACGACGAGAAGGGAAGUUUGAUCGGGGAUGAGACGUCGGUCGUCGAGGAGGUCGAAGAAGUCGAAGAUUUCGAGUCGGAACCGGAGGAGGAUGGCGUAACACAGGAGGAGAGUAACAGCGAGAAUUCAGAAAAUUCUGAGGAUUCGGAUAGCGCUAGUAACACCAGUACGAGCGACGAGGAGGAACCGGAAGAGGAAAACGAUUCUGAGGCUGAGUCUAGAUCUAACAGUAGGGCGAUAAUAGGUGAGGUAUCGUGCAAUACCGAAAGCGACGAUACCGACUCAGAAAAUUCGGAGAAUUCCGCGGAGAUCGAUAAUAAAAAUUUAAACGAGAUGAAUUGUUUUAUGAUAUGCGCAGAGGAGGAUAAGGAUAGGAAUAUCGAUGGGAAAGAAAAUUUGGAAGAGCAAUUAAUGAUGAAUACGGAUGCGGUAGGAGAAACUAAAGAUAUUAAUCAAGAGGGACAACAGGAAGAAUUGGAUUUGAAAGAAUCGGUUAAUGGUACGAAGUUGAACAAUUUUCACGUUAAGGAAACUGUCGAGGAAGGAAGAAGCGAUUUGGAUUUUACGGACGACGAUGGUCCACCUGUUUUGAGUCCAAUUAUGCCUUUGUUAGAACAGGAGCAAUCGGAACGACACAAUAAUCCUAUGGACGAUAUGAGACACAA